CCCGCACCCACGUCGCACCACCAAAGCAGCCUUGGAAUGUCUUCAGACACAUCGGAGCGGGCGACUACGGAGGCCAAGUAUGCUCCGAUGCCUUCAACUUGGCGGCGCAACAUCAGCGAAGAUUCGUCGACUAAAGUCUACUUGGAAGGUGGAUACACGCCGCUUGGCAAGAGCAUUCACAAGCGCAGUCUCGUGCAUUUUGCACCAGCACUUGAGAAUUAUCUAGAGGAUCCCUUUGGAGACAAAAUCGUACUACCUGCUGGAUCGGUCGAUGAGAACGCUGCAGAUACCGUUGUUAGCGGGAUCGCGCAUGCGGCCACACAUGGUGGGAAUAUUAGCGUAUGGUACGCAUACAAUCCGAUUGCGUGUAUCGAGAUGCACCGUGUCUUCACCCUGUUCGGGAUGAAAUCCGAGGGGGAUGAAGCGCUGGAGAAACUAUGGAGUUCGCUAAAGCAGGUCGCCUUGAGCGAAGAGAAUGUCGGCUGGAUUUGGUAUACCUUCGAGGAGGAUAUCUUCAAUAAGGAGAAGAUCAACAGCCCACCUUGGCCGGUCGGUCCCUAUCGAUGCCCUCAUGCCGGCGAGUAUAUCCACGCUAUGCUCUACCAACUGCUAAAUUUGGCCCAUGAGAACAAGUUGAGCAAGGAGUUGACGGAGUUCAUGGAUUCACAUCCGCGAUUGAAGGCACUAGGUGAAGAGCGAAAGAAGGACUGUGGGCUCCAGGAAGGAUUCAAUUCCUCAAAGUCAGCCAGAAUGGUGAGGAGAGCCAGGAAAGCGGCAGAAGUACAAGAAGCAGCCCUAGUUGUAUUCAAAGGGAUGAGCUAUGGACAAGAUCGCAAGGCAAAUCACUUUGCUAGUUUGCAGUGGAGUGAGAGAAAGGGAACUCCACCGCCCGCCACCGAAUCCUCUAGCUCUGGCGAGACCGAAGAUGAAGAGGGCGAGAUCCAGAACCGCAAUGAAGCUAACGAUGUACAAUCGCUAUCCACUCCAGAGGAUAAGAAGACAAUCGUGCAUGAGGAUCGAGGUACCCGUUCUCUAACUCCAGCCAUGGAAGACGCGCUGAACCGUCAGAGGCCAAGUCUCAACCUUAGUCGUGCUGGCGCUGGAAUAUCAACAAUAAAUGCGCAAGGUAACGGUAUGCGCAGCUAUGGCAGGCACGGGCAAACCUCAUUUCCCAACAAUCCCUCUCGCUCAAGUGGUAAGAUGUCAGUUCACGACAGGGUGGCCGACCUGAGCGAUGGAGAGGUCGAUGAGGAACUCGAGGACUUAGAAAAGGACGAGGAGAGUGACAUCGACAAGACCGCUGGCGUCUUCAAACAUAUCUUAACUCCCAAGCAGAACCACCCUGCGCUGACGAAUAAUUCCUUGGCCAGUGCUAGUCACACCUCAACACCUAAGCCGAUUCCCGGAUCUUCGAUGGUUCCUUCAAUCACUACCCAGAAUGUUGGCAACGCCUCAACCCCUAGGCCGCCGUUCCUUGCACCGGACUUCGUGCCUGGUGGUACCUUGACGGUCGCAGAGAACGAAUCCUCAAUCAAUGGCAGGCCAUUCAGCGCGCCAACACCACCAUUCCUAGGCUUCCAAACCUGCCCAUUCACCAACGACAACCCCAAUCAAAGCCCUACCUUCAGUACUCCUCCCCAAAAUGCUCCCGAGGGCCCGAACGCAUUCGCUAACAGUAGAAAUAUUUUCGAGAGACCUGGAACUGCACUGGGAGUUUCUGGACAUGUAACUGGUGGUCCUACGAAUCCAUUCGGUGGUACUGAGCAGGGAUCUAGUCACUCUGGAAAUGCAUUCAGUGGUUCAGGAAAUCUAUUAGGUGGCCCAAGCACUCUCAACGCGCCGAAUGGGCCCACAACUCCCUUUGGCUUCAGUGGCUUUAGUACGUCAAAUGCGCCUGCAACCUCUUCUAACUUCAGUGGCUUCAACACGCAGAAUGGGCAAGUAAAUCUCGCCAACUUCGGCAGCAGCGGUACACCCGGAACUGCGUCAGCGGGAGUCAAUCCACCAAACGCUCCCGCUAAUAUUUUCGCAUUCCAAUCAAACGGUGGCCCUCCUGGAGCUGCAUCAGGUACAAGGCGGUUUGCUCAGGCGAAGGGAGUGAGGAGAGGUCGUAUUGGCCGGUAAGCUGAUGAUGCAGAGUCUGAUGCUUCGGGAGUCGUUUUGUGCAUGCAGUAAUGGGACGAGAAUGGUAAUCAUAUGGAUAAUUGGGUAUUCACGCUCUAAUAUGUCUAAGAAAGAAGCACUGUAUGGGAGCUAGAUUACAUACCACACCUCCAAUGGAUUUUGAAAUUCCGAGUUAAGAAGAUCAUAGUGCUAAGAAUUGCACAUACGUUGGAAUGGUUUUAUCAGGACGGCAGAUACUGACAAAAAGGAGCAUAGAAAUAUGCGUACUCUAAUACAUCUGGGUGGAG